GCGCGGAGUGUGCGCAGAGUCCGCACCGAGGCGAUCGUGAGGUCGAGCCAUGGCGGGCACGGGCCUGGUCGCGGGAGAGGUGGUGGUGGACGCGCUGCCGUAUUUCGACCAGGGCUACGAGGCGCCCGGCGUGCGGGAGGCGGCUGCGGCGCUGGUGGAGGAGGAGACCCGCAGGUACCGGCCUACCAAGAACUACCUGAGCUACCUGACAGCCCCGGAUUAUUCUGCCUUUGAAACUGACAUAAUGAGAAAUGAAUUUGAAAGACUGGCUGCUCGACAACCAAUUGAAUUGCUCAGCAUGAAACGAUAUGAACUUCCAGCCCCUUCCUCGGGUCAAAAAAAUGACAUCACUGCAUGGCAAGAAUGUGUAAACAAUUCUAUGGCCCAGUUAGAGCAUCAGGCAGUUCGGAUUGAAAAUCUGGAACUCAUGUCACAGCACGGAUGUAAUGCCUGGAAAGUGUACAAUGAAAACCUCGUUCACAUGAUUGAACAAGCACAGAAAGAACUUCAGAAAUUAAGGAAACAUAUUCAAGAUUUAAACUGGCAGCGCAAGAACAUGCAACUCACAGCUGGAUCUAAGCUGAGAGAAAUGGAGUCAAACUGGGUGUCUCUGGUGAGUAAGAAUUAUGAGAUUGAACGGACUAUUGUGCAACUAGAAAAUGAAAUCUUUCAAAUUAAGCAGCAACAUGGAGAAGCAAACAAAGAGAACAUCCGGCAAGACUUCUGAACAGCUGAGCUGGCAGCUAGAAAGAAGAGGGGUUAGGCUUGGGCACAUGCCAGGCCUCUGAACUCUGAUCUAUUGAGAAGAACCUCUCAAGAAACCAUUGAUGAUUGUGGCUACUGGUGUUAACUCUGUUUGUAUGUCUUAGCAAAAUAAAGAUUUUUUUCAGCAUGGUAGUAUUUUUAUAGCCAUAAGAAACUAGGUUUUUAGAGUCACUAUAACUUUAGAAUAACACUGUUUUUUUGAAUUUUUUGUUUGUUUGUUUUUGGCUGCUUGGACCAUCAUAUUUUGUAGCUAAACUUUUGUUUAAGGCUUCCAACAUGUGUAAGAAGCUGGAAACUGGAUUUAUGAUUUUGUCUAAUAAAGAAGUAGUGCUAAGUA